AUGCUUCUCCUUAGCCUCAUCCUCAUCUCGCUCCUGGGCACAGCCCUCGCCUUCUCCCUCGUGGAAUUAGGCAUGGUAGCAUACGGCGUCCACUACUACGACCAGUCCGAAACGAUCGAGUACUACUGCGGCUAUUUAGAGACCUGCAACGAGACUAUCCACGGUCAUGUUCCCGAUGUUGUCUCGUUCCUGAUGUUCUGCGCGGUCUGGUCCGUCCUUGCCACUGCUGUUGCCAUUUGGCUCCCACUAUGGUUCCAUCGACGAGACGCCCAUCACCAUAACCGCUGGCUUGCCCCCGGUCUGAUUGCUGUUUACUUUGUUACCUGGGUCUUUUGGCUGGCGGGCUUCGCCGAUCUGGCUAAUAUUAUUGGAACCGCUGGUACUGGCAUUAUUGCUGCUAUUCUGGCAUUCGCUAUUCUGAACUGGAUCGUCUACAUGGCAUUGUUCAUUUUCAGCUUCCUCGCUAUUUUCGACGUCAUGACAGGCGAAUGGCCUGGAUACCUGGUCAUGAGGAGUCGUUCUGCCACUGAUGCCCCUGCCGCACCUGCUGCAUAUACUGGAGCCCCUGCCGAGCCCAAGUACGAGACCAAUCACGAGCUCACUGCCUAG